CGGGGUCUGCCAAGGAUCCCAGGUCAAGGACUACGGCCGAGUUGUGCCCAACCCAGGCAAGACCACCAUCACUGCCACCAUCGCCAACGAGCUGCUGUAUGCCGGCACGUCCGUGACCGCCGUGACGAUCCUGAAGAACACAAACAACAUGAUCCAGGUUCCCCACGGACCGCUCACCAGACCCUCGGAACAGCUUGCCUAUCUUGCGUCUGUACAGGGUCUGCAGGUAGAAUACAAGGAUUUCCCAAAAAACAAUAAGAAUGAAUUUGUAUCGCUGAUUAACUGCUCCUCCCAGCCUCCGCUCAUCAGUCAUGGCAUUGGAAAAGACAUAGAGUCCUGUCAUGAUAUGGCUGCUCUGAAUAUAUUGAAGUUGCUGUCAGAGUUAGACCAGCAGCCAAACGAAAGGACAGGGAACGGACCAGCCUCAGGGUGUGGCAAGCAGGAAAUGAAGGGUGACCUGCACCUCAAACAGGCUAACUCAAGCACACUGACACAGACGCUGGAUAGCACGGCUUAGAUCAGGUCUGGUUGUCUGUGAAAGCACUAGAGAAAACUCGCCACACUGCGUUCUUGUUUUUGGCUCGCUGUGGAUAGCUUCACCCACUGUGGGCCCUGAAGUGUGAAGCUUACUGUUACAAAAUGUUCACAGUUAAACAAGAUUGAUAGGAAAAUAGCUUCUCCUUAAUGUUGUUUAAUUGUACACAUUAUUUAUUUUUCUUUUCAAUAUAGAAACAAGAGCUGCAUCCUAGUCGAUGAUUUUUUUUUUUUUUUUGAGUGUAUAUGAUUAAACAACAACAACAAACCCUUAAGUGAUGAACUGUGAACGUUGUUUUGUUUUGGAUAGAAAUUGUUUCUUAUAUUUUUACAUGUUUUUAUGUUUUAUUCCCACCAAGCUAGUUGAUAAAGAAAAUAUGUUAAGUUUGGGCCUCUUCUUGGUCUAGGGUGCAGCUGGACGAACCUUUGUUGAUUUUCCUAGAGUGCUUUCUAUAAACAACCAAAAAUUAUUUACUAAAUGUAGCGUGUGAUGUAAUGUGAUUGUCACUGCUGUGUGUGGCGGUGACGUCCCCCAUGACCCCUUUUUCUCCCUCAUGUCACCUUCGCUUCUCUAUCCAUAACCACAAUGGUAAUUAAACUUCUGUGUCUGCAGGCACAAGACAAAUA